AUGGACUGUCCAACUAUUAGAUGUGCAGAGCAUAGAAGAGAUUGUGAAUUGAUUUGCUAUCAAUGUAAUUUAGCAAUAUGUUCAAGAUGUGUAUCGAGUCAUACCAAUCACACGAUGGAUCAUAUCGAUGAUAUUGCAGAUAGCAAAUUAUUAGAUGACAACGAACAUCAGACAAAGGAAUGUCUUAUAAAAUCGAGAUUAUCGCAGCUAUGGUCGACGAUGAGAGAAUUAACCGAGCGAUGCCAUUCAUUACAAUCUCAAGAAGGUGAGAUAUCAGGUUAUUUCGGUGGUUUCCAUGAAUACCUGGUACUCCAAGAGCACAAAUUGAAAAAGACAAUCAGUACAGACUUUGAACAACUCAAACAACAUUUGGAAACACAGUUAUCAGAGUUGAAAUCGUUGGUCAAUAUAUUGAAAAUCACUAGCACUGCCGCUCAGCACAAUGGUCAAAAUGGACAAUCUGCUGCAUCUUCUUCGUCAUCAUCGUCAUCUAUGUCAUGUGAUGGUGACAUUCAUGAGGAUACAACCGAUCGAUAUCAAUUGGAAAAUAUAAUUAAAUCAAUUAAAGAGACGGAAUCAAUCAUUAGUUUCAUAGAGAAUAACAAUAGUACUCUAUUCUACAAUCCCAAUCAUCAUGGCAAUGAACGGAUCAACGAUAGAGAUUUCAAAUUGGAGCUUUUCGAUUUGAUGAUCAAACAUAACUCGCAAUUCAAUUUAACAUCGAGUUUGACCAAUGAAAUCAGCAAUGACUAUAAACUAUCUAUUAAUCAAGAUGGAAUUAACAAUUCAAAGAAUUUAAUUGAACAGUCAUUAAAGGUGGUAGUAGUGCCGCCACCUCUGAGACAAAUAAAUAAACAACAACCGAAUGAAGUGGCAGCAGCAGUAAUACAACCUAAACAACUAUAUAUUGUUGCAGCGGAUAAAGAGUUUGGUAUUACAUUCAUCAAUAUCAACACUAAAGAAAAAGAAUCAUUUAAAAUCGAUUAUAAUCUUCAUUGUACUUUUGCCAAUUUCCUGCGAAUUGGCGAACAUCUCUAUGUGUUUGGUGGUAGUAAAGCCAAGAACACUCAAGAUAAAUACUGUAGAAUUUCACUGGCUACGAAAUCAAUCGAUCUAAAUGGAGAUAUCGAUGGACUACUACUUGGAAGAUCGAUAUCAUUGUGCUACGACGGUCAGGAUUACAUCUACUUGAUCAACGGGUACAACGAAACCAAAAAGAAAUACCUAAAUAGAGUCGAUCGAUUCAAUAUUAACACCCGACAAUUUGAAAAGUAUCAUGUGUUUGUAACUAACGAUCUACUUGGUGUACACAUACUAUCGUUCUUCCAUCAAGGAAUGAUCUAUUCGAUUCCAUAUAAUCGUAAUGUCAUCGUACAAUUCGAUACAGAGAACAAAACAUCGUCCGAUAUCAAAAUACAAAAGGUUCUGAACACCUCUAAACCAAGAGCGGCCUGUACCGAUGGCAAUGGUUCGAUCUAUAUUCACACCGAUGAUAUGCGAUUCAUCCGAUACAACAUUGAAACCGAGAAAUUCACCACAUUGGAACCUCUUAUUACUUUAGGUGAUGUACUAUCAAUGAACUAUCUCACAGUCAACAACAACAACAACAACAACAACGAUAUACAAUCCUCUUACAUCUAUUUGGUUGGAGGUCAUUCCUAUGGCAACCAUAGAUAUAACAUUUCAAGUUGUGAAUGGGAAUUGUUUGAUAUGGAAGACGAUCGCAAUAGAAUUUGGUGUGGAUCAAAAAUAAUUGAAAUAUAG